AGGACAAUAGAUGCCCAGACGUGUUUUGUGCGCGGUCGUGCUCGUAUAAAUUUUUACUUCGCGAUCCAGUGUUUAUAUUCCAUUUAUUUAUUUAUUUAUUAUUAUUUACAAACCCAGAAAGUGCUCUCGUACCGCGAGUCGCUUUUGCCGAUAAAACAAUCCGAUUAAUGCGUCUAUUCGAACAGUGUUGGUGUAGUUUGUCGUUGUUUAAUUAAAUAACGAAUUUUUAUAAAUCCAAUCAAAAAAAAAAAAUAACAAAUAAUAAAUAAUAAUUAAAAAAAUAAAAUAUCAGAAUUAAUCAAUAUAAAAAUUGAUUUAUUUUUUUGAAUGUCUAGAUCCUGGUGGUCAAAUGACGGAUAGUGAGGCAGCUGAACGUUGCCACGGUGUGCCCGGGGUUUGAUAUGUGUUUGUGUGUGAGUGAAAAAUUUUUCAUUUUUUUAUUGUGUGGAUAAAAAUAUAAUGAUUAAACCCGGCUUUGCAACAAUGGAGCGACGAAAUUAUUUGGAUUACAAAUCGUCACUGGUCAUACAAUUUACUCUGCUGUUUAUCAUCUCUACAUCGGUGCCAUCAGUUUUUGGUUUCAUCUCCUGUUCGCCGAGUCCUUGCAAGAACGGUGGGCACUGCGUGUCUCCGCUGCCUGGCGAAUCUUAUUGCAACUGUACAUCAAAAUAUGUGGGAGAAUAUUGUCAGCAUCUGAACCCUUGUCACAAAGGCCCGCGAUGUCAAAAUGGCGGGUCUUGUCGCGUCAAAGAGAAUCCAAAUGGAACGCCAUCUUUCACUUGUGAUUGUCCGAUUGGUUUUAGUGCUAGUCUCUGUGAAAUACCUAUGGACAAUGCAUGUAAUUCAUCUCCAUGUUUAAAUGGCGCUGCUUGUGUUUUACAUUCACUUGAAGAAUACACUUGUUCGUGUACAUUCGGCUUUACAGGACAAUAUUGCGAGAGACAAGACCAUUGCUCUUCAGCACCCUGCAAAAAUGGCGCUGAGUGCCAGUCUCUUGACAAUGGGUAUCAAUGCAAGUGCGCAUUGGGAUUUACUGGACCGACUUGUGCUGAUGAUAUCAAUGAGUGUGAUCGGGAUCCUUGUGUUUAUGGAUCUUGUUACAAUACACCGGGUUCUUAUAAAUGUAGCUGCGAUUCGGGAUACACUGGACAUAACUGCGAAAGUGAAUACAUACCAUGUGAUCCAACGCCGUGUUUAAAUGGUGGAUCAUGUCGACAAUUGAACGAGCUAGAGUACGAAUGUACCUGUCCAGAGGGGUUCAGAGGCCAACACUGCGAAGAGAACAUCGACGACUGCAUAGGAAACCUGUGUCAGAAUGGCGCGACAUGUGUGGACCGAGUUAAUGAGUACGCAUGUCUAUGUCCGCCGACAUUCAGAGGACCGCAGUGUGAAACUGACGUUGACGAGUGCUCGGUCCGCCCUUCUAUUUGUCACAAUGGCGGGACUUGCACCAAUUCGCAUGGAAGUUACUCCUGCAUAUGUGUCAACGGCUGGACUGGAGCUGACUGCAGUAUCAAUAUCGACGAUUGUAAUGCAGCGGCUUGCUUCAAUGGCGCUACUUGCAUCGACCGCGUUGGCAGUUUUUACUGCCAGUGCACUGCCGGAAAGACUGGUUUGCUAUGUCAUCUUGAUGAUGCCUGUACGUCAAAUCCAUGUCACGAGGGUGCAAUAUGUAACACAAGUCCCAUCAAUGGUUUUUAUACUUGCGCUUGUGCUUCUGGGUAUGAAGGAAUCGAUUGUUCGCAGGAUCAGAACGAGUGUGCUCAAGGUUCUCCUUGCGAGCACGAUGGAAUCUGCGUGAAUACACCGGGUUCUUUUGCCUGCAACUGUACCCAAGGAUUCACGGGACCAAGAUGUGAAACAAAUGUCAACGAGUGCGAGUCUCAUCCCUGUCAAAACGACGGUUCCUGUCUCGACGAUCCCGGAACAUUUCGGUGUGUCUGCAUGCCAGGUUACACGGGAACGCAGUGUGAGAUCGACAUCGAUGAAUGCGCAACGAACCCCUGCCUGAACAACGGUGUAUGCACGGACUUGGUGAAUUCAUUUAAAUGUGACUGCGCGAAAGGAUUCGCGGGAUCGCAUUGUCAGAUAAACAUAGACGAUUGUGCGUCAGCGCCUUGCAAAAACGGUGGCACAUGCCAGGACUCGAUAGCCAAAUACACAUGUGAAUGUCCGCCAGGAUUCACCGGAGCCUCUUGUGAAACGAAUAUCAAUGACUGCCAGUCGAAUCCAUGUCACAGCGGGACCUGCAUCGACGGAGAGAACUCAUUUAGCUGCAGCUGUUUCCCCGGUUUCACUGGGAAACUCUGUCAAACCCAGAUUGACGAGUGCGAGAGCAAUCCUUGUCAGUUCGGUGGUAGAUGCGAGGAUAGAAUAAACGGAUAUCAGUGCAUAUGUCGCCCUGGUACCUCCGGCACUAAUUGCGAAAUCAAUGUCAAUGAGUGCUACAGCAAUCCUUGCAGAAACGGCGCUAGGUGCAUCGACGGCAUCAACAGCAAUCGGAUGCCUGGUCUAGGAUGGUACUCAUGUGAAUGCGAGCCGGGUUUCACAGGCCAGCACUGCGAGACAGACAUCAACGAGUGUUCAAGCAACCCAUGUGCAAACGGCGGCCGCUGCAUCGACCUGAUAAACGGCUACCGCUGCGAAUGUCCCCGUGGUUACUACGACGCGCGUUGCCUAAGCGACGUGGACGAAUGCGCGAGCAAUCCUUGCGUAAACGGCGGCACCUGCGAGGACGGAGUGAACCAGUACAUUUGCCACUGUUUACCGGGUUACGGCGGCAAAAGAUGUGAAGCGGACAUCGACGAGUGUGGUUCCAACCCCUGCCAACACGGCGGUUCCUGCAUCGACCACCUGAACGACUACAGCUGUCAAUGUCUCGCCGGCUACGCAGGCAUAAACUGCGAAACGAACAUCGACGACUGCGUAGCGAACCCUUGUCAAAACGGAGGUUCCUGUAUCGACCUAGUCAACGACUACAAGUGCGUCUGCGAACUGCCUCACACCGGCCGGAACUGCGAGGACAAACUAGACCCCUGUUCCCCGAACAAAUGUCUCCACGGCGCGAAAUGUACGCCAUCUUCAAACUUCCUAGACUUCGCCUGUACCUGCCCAGUGGGAUACACCGGGCGUCUCUGCGACGAGGACGUAGACGAGUGUGUGAUGACUUCUCCAUGCCGGAACGGCGCCACCUGCCGGAACACCAACGGUUCCUACCACUGCGUCUGCGCAAAAGGUUACGAGGGCCGCGACUGUAUCAUAAACACCGACGACUGCGCGUCUUUCCCUUGCCAAAACGGUGGAACCUGUCUUGACGGAAUCGGCGACUACACCUGCUUAUGCGUCGAUGGGUUCAACGGCAAGCACUGCGAGCUCGACAUUGACGAGUGUCAAUCCUCUCCUUGUCAAAACGGCGCGAUCUGCAACCAAUAUGUCAAUUCCUACACCUGCCAAUGCAAACUAGGCUUCUCUGGAAUAAAUUGUCAAACAAACGACAACGACUGCACCACCAGCAGUUGCAUGAACGGCGGAAAAUGCCUCGACGGAAUCAACAGCUACACUUGCGUUUGCCAACCAGGUUACACUGGUUCAAACUGCCAAUACAGAAUAAACGAGUGCGACAGUUCUCCGUGCCUGAACGGCGCAACUUGUCACGACGAUAUAAAUCAUCACUACACUUGCCAUUGCACUUACGGAUACACUGGCCAGCGUUGCGACAUGUACGUCGACUGGUGCGCGGACCAACCUUGCGAGAACGGCGCUACUUGCGUUCAGCACAAGAACAAGUACCACUGCAAUUGUUCCCCAGGCUGGACUGGAAAAGUCUGCGACGUUGAAAUGGUCUCUUGCAAAGACGCAGCUAUCCGGAAGAACAUCCCCAAGGAAUUCCUGUGCAACAACGGCACUUGCGAGGACAUCGGGAACAGCCACCGCUGUCAUUGCCUCGAAGGCUACACAGGUUCUUACUGCCAGACUGAAAUCAACGAGUGUGACUCUGCUCCUUGCCAAAACGGAGCUAUUUGCAAAGACUUAAUUGGAUCCUACCAGUGCCAAUGCGCUCAAGGAUUCCAGGGUCAAGAUUGUGAGCUAAACAUUGACGACUGCCAACCCAACCCUUGUCAAUUCGGAGGAACUUGCCAUGAUUUGAUAGACAGCUUCAGCUGUUCUUGUCCUCCAGGCGCUCUGGGGUACAUUUGCGACCUGAAUCCUCAAGACUGUAUGCACGACUCUUGCCACAAUAACGGUACCUGUAUUGACAAAGUAGGCGGGUUUGAGUGUAUCUGCCCACCGGGAUUUGUCGGACCUCGCUGCGAAGGUGACAUCAAUGAAUGUUUAUCUAACCCUUGUGCUAAUCCUGGAACUCAAGAUUGUGUUCAGCUGGUGAAUAAUUAUCAUUGUAAUUGCAAACCAGGCUACAUGGGGCGCCACUGCGAGGUCAAGGUUAAUUUCUGUGAAAGCUCUCCUUGCCAGAACGGUGGAGUUUGCACUGCAAAGCAAGCUGGACACAUCUGUACCUGCCCGCCAGAUUACUACGGACACAAUUGUGAGUUUGUUGGGUCGUACUGCGAUAAUAAACCUUGUCUUCAUGGAGGAACUUGUCGAGUAACUCCCACAGAAAUGGGGUACAGGUGUUACUGCCCGCCGGGAACUUCAGGAACUCACUGUGAGAUUGAUACCAAGGACGAGUGUGAGAGCAACCCGUGCCAGCAACCUGAUGCGACUUGUGAGAAUCUUGUUGGUGAUUACGCUUGCUACUGUCCUCCGAAAUGGACCGGCAAGAACUGUGAGGUCUACGAUACUAAUAGUCGGGGUGGAAUCUUUGGAAGACCUAACUCAGUAGCUCCUAAGAGUCCAGUUGACUUGGACCAGGAGCGGGAGAAGCAGAGGUGCAUGGAGAACAGGUGCGACCAGAAGGCCGGAAACGGCCGCUGUGAUCAAGAGUGCAACACUCACGCUUGUCACUUUGACGGAAAUGACUGCUCUCUUGGUAUCAACCCCUGGAAGAACUGCACUGCGCCUAUCAACUGCUGGGAUGUCUUUAUGAACAACCAGUGCGAUGAAGUUUGCAACAACGCCCAGUGUCUCUUCGACGGGCGCGAUUGCGAGAAAACUUUGGCGCCUUGCAAUCCUAUUUAUGACGCCUACUGCAGAAAACAUUACGCCAACGGGUACUGCGACUACGGCUGCAACAACGCCGAGUGUAACUGGGACGGUCUUGACUGCGAGAACGAACCCGAGUCACUUGCCGAGGGUGUUAUUUCUAUCGUAGUUAGGAUGGACAUGAAGACCUUCCAGGAUGAAGAGCUUGCCUUUUUGAGGUACAUUGGUCAUCAAUUAAGAACUACACUGCGCAUUAAGUUAGACGAACUGGGCAACAGGAUGGUCUACCCAGUCAGCGACAAUGUUGACUCGAUGUUCGCAAGACCAGGAGGGUUCUCUGGAAACAAGCAUGGAGUCAAAGCUUUCCUGGAGAUUGAUAAUCGUAAAUGUUCAACUACUGAAGGCGCAGUUUGCUUCGCUAGCGCUAAUGAAGCCGCGGAAUUCCUGGCUGCUACAGCUUCAAAGCAGGCGUUGUUGAGUAGUUAUCCGAUAGAAUCCGUAAAAGGAUUAGUUGGACCAGCUCCAGGUCCAGAAUAUCCCGAAACUCCAACGAAUUAUAAGUAUGUCUUCAUUGGACUGGUUAUUGUGCUAAUUGGCGGAAUGCUGAUUGGAGUUCUAGUCACUGCGCGGAACAAACGCGCAGUAGGCAUUACUUGGUUCCCAGAAGGGUUCUUGAGGUCCAAUGCUGGAAGUGGUCAACGGAGGCGCAGUCGCAGGCGCGGUCCAGACGGCCAGGAAAUGCGAAACUUGAACAAACAGCCGUCAGUUAAUUGCAUGGACCUGGAUAUUGUAAAUGGUCGGACUCAGCAAUGGUCUGAUGAUGAUUCUGAGUUGCCUCCGACUAAGCGGAUGCGAGCCAUUGAACCUGGGUACGCUAGUGAUCAUACAGCGAUGACUGAGUAUGGUGAUGAAGUGAAUGAUCCCAGGAUGUGGACCCAGCGGCACUUGGACGCUGCGGAGAACUGUCCGGGAGUAAAUGGAGUUCUGACUCCACCGAAUUUAGAACAUGGAAAGGACAUUGACGCCAAAGGCCCUUGUGGUAUGACACCGCUGAUGGUGGCGUCGGUCCGCGGCGGCGGACUGGAUACUGGAGAAGAGGAUGAUGAUAGUGAUGGAACUGCUGCGGUUAUUGCGGACCUGGUGGCGCAGGGAGCGGACCUGAACGCCACUACGGACAAGAGUGGAGAGACUUCUCUUCACCUGGCUGCUAGAUACGCCAGGGCUGAUGCAGCUAAGAGACUGCUUGAUGCUGGAGCGGAUGCUAACUCUCAAGACAACACUGGAAGGACUCCGCUACACUCGGCUGUGGCGGCCGACGCGAUGGGAGUCUUCCAGAUUUUACUGAGGAACAGGGCUACUAAUUUGAACGCGCGCAUGCACGAUGGAACUACUCCGCUGAUUCUUGCUGCGAGGCUGGCUACGGAAGGCAUGGUCGAGGAUUUGAUCAAUGCUGAUGCUGAUAUCAAUGCUGCGGAUAAUAGUGGAAAGACAGCGCUGCAUUGGGCCGCUGCGGUUAACAAUGUUGAUGCGGUUAAUAUUUUGCUGGUCCAUGGUGCAAAUCGCGAUGCUCAGGAUGAUAAAGAUGAGACACCGCUGUUUCUAGCGGCGAGAGAAGGCAGCUUUGAAGCUUGUAAAGCUUUGUUGGAUACUUUUGCUAAUAGGGAGAUUACUGAUCAUAUGGAUAGGUUGCCGAGAGAUGUUGCCAGUGAGCGACUACAUCAUGAUAUUGUUAGGUUACUUGAUGAACAUGUUCCUAGGUCGCCGCAAAUGGUGUCUGUUAUGCCUAAUGGGCCUCUUAUGGGUUCUCCGAACCAUUCACAAUUGAUAACACCACCAACAGUGAUAGGCUCAGCGCCAAAACAGUCAAAGGCAAAGAAGCGUCCAAAAACAAGCGGCCCGGGCAACCCAACGUCUCCAGACUCAGAAGGCGCGGUGGUUGCAGCAGUCCGCAGAAAACCCUCGGUGAAGAAGCUAGCAGUGAAGCGCGGCGCCCAGCCACCAAACCAGGAGAUCCCCCAAGGAGCCGAGGGAGCUGAAGGAAAUCUUCCAAGCCCGUACGACAGCGCGAGCUUGUACAGCAACGCUUUGGCUCAUGUGAACCACACGACGACCACGGCGAAGCAGCCGCCCCCUUACGAGGACUGCAUCAAGGGCCAGUCGAUGCAAACUCUCCAACAGCUGGGUCUGGACACCUUCACGAGUGCCUACGGUCUGCCAAAUUUUCACGACCAGCUGCUAGCACCCCACCAGCGGCAGACCCAGGGGAUGAUCAACACCCUGUCGCCGCCUUACAGCAACCAGUCUCCGCCUCACUCGGUCCAGUCGAACAUGACCUUGUCGCCCCAGGCGAGCUACAUGGGCUCCCCGUCGCCGGCCAAGAGUCGGCCAUCGCUUCCCACUUCCCCAACACACAUGGCCGCCAUGAGACAGGCGACCCACCAAAAGCACGGAGGCAUGCCUCCGGUAGGGUUCGACUUUGAGACCCAUCCCUACGCCACUGGGCCGACCCAGAUGCAGCAGAUGCAAUCCCAGCAGCAGCAACAGCAGCAACAACAGCAGCAGCAGCAGCAGCAGCAGCAGCAACAACAGCAACAACAGCAGCAACAACAGCAGCAGUACUAUCAGUACUUGACACCUCCCUCGCAUCAUUCUGGGGCUGACGUAACUCCUCAGCACUUGAUGCAAGCUCCAGAGAGCUUCCCCACACCCUCUCCCGACAGUCCUGGGCACUGGUCUUCCAGCUCGCCACACUCCAACAGCGACUGGAGCGAAUGUAUGGCCUCUCCCAACGCCUACGCACCUGGAGCUCAGCAUCAGGGCAAUAAAGGCUCCGAGGCAAUUUAUAUUUAAGCUUUUUUAUUGUAAUAGUUAUUAUUAUUAAUUUUUUUUUAUAUACAUAUAAUAUUAAGUCAAGUGUUAUUUAUACAUAUAUACAUAUUAAAUAUAAAUAUGAAUUUAUAGUAGGGUUUUUUUUUUUAGUCUCGAAUUUUAAGACUAAUUUAAAAUCGCGUCUUUCGUAAAACGGGUUACAAUAUUUUGGGUUGUAGUUGACUAGUUAGUUAGACUGACAACAUUCUGAAUUGAUAAAUUACUAGAACUUAGAAGGUAAAUAUAAAAUGUUAUUUAAAAUAAUUAAUUUUACGAGUUUUACAAAGAAAAAACUA